AUGGUUGCUACGCAUCACGUCGCUGCUCUCGUCAGCUUCCUGGUCUUCUUCGGCCAAACAUGUGCAUCACCAGUGUUGGACGACCGUUCAUUUCCGGUGCAGAAACGUACUCUGGAGCCCUGUAUCUCCAACACAAAGGGGAAGUGUCCGGCUAGCACGAACUGCUCAGCUACGAAAGUGUCCAAAGCCAUCCAAGCCGCAGAGUGCUCGCACAACACGCGCACAUCCACGACUCAAACCUUCGCAGUCUUCACCACGGACCACCAAUACGACAGCUCUCACGGCGCGCCCUACGGCACAUGUGAAGCAUACACUUGCACUGCUCCUACUAGCAGUGAAAUGACAGAUAUUGAUGAAGACUGCUGGACUUUCUUCUGGGGCAGCAGCACGGGAGAAGACACCGGAGUUGGUACUGGAUGCAUUCGAAGUCCUGUUGAUGGUGCUUGUGGCUGUGAGAACUCCGAUGGGACUUUUGUUCCUGGCACCCCUAUUCGGCUCGAACCUGAGCGUGCUGCGUACGGGGAUCUCAUUGAGGCGGCAGAAGACAUGGUCGUAUUCCUGACACGCCACACGCCCGUGGCCAACACCACGGUGGACGCCAACUGUCGAGAUCGUGCCGAAGUUCUUCCUCUGCAGCAUCAGCCACCCGCCAAACCCCAAAAACGUCGCGAGCGCGACCUAUGGAUUAGUGCGGGUGCCUUUCUCAGGCCCGGUGUCACUGUUGGACCCGCACACGCUCCCCCUUUUAUCCAGGGUAGCAGGGUUAUGGCGAGCAGACCCGACGAGGCCACCCGCCAACGGGAGACGUUCAAAUAUGAUGCUGCCGCGUUUGCCAACAAUGCCUUCCACGACGCCACCCAGCCCAUCUCCGAGGACACACUCCGCGGCUCUGCCGAUACCGCAUUGACGGCUUUCGCCCAGCUCGCUACCUUCCGCCUUAAUGCCGCGAGGGCCUUGAUAUCCGUCUUUGAUGGCGAACGACAGUAUGUCAUUGCCGAGGCCACCCGCUCGCUGCCUCUGGACCCCUCGAGCCAACACCCUGGCCAGCUGUCACUUUGCGGCGCUGCUAUACCGCGGUCCGCUGGAAUAUGCGAGCAUAUACUCAACAUGGAUGGGCCGCUUCAUGCUUGUGACCCCUCGUCAACCACCGCUACUCCACUGCCUGUCUCAAUCGUGCCUGAUUUGAGCCAGGAUAGCCGCUUCAAGUCACGGGCCUACUUGAGAGGCAGCCCGAACAGUCGCUUCUACGCCGGGGUGCCGCUACGCUCACCCCGAGGCAUCGACAUUGGAGCCCUGUGCGUUUUCGACGAUCAGCCAAGGGAUCGACUCGAUGAUAUAUCGACUCAGUUCAUGCGCGACAUGUCCAAGACCAUCAUGCAACACAUGGAGUCGAGGAGGUCUGGCGACGCUUCGCGGCGAAGCACGCGUAUGGUGCGCGGACUAGGGAGCUUUGUUGAGGGUCAUGGGUCAUUAUCGGACUGGCGGGGCGGUCUCAAUGAUCACCACCACUUCCAGGAUGGAGGCAACGAGGGCAAUCUCCACACGCAACAACAAUCCCAGCGCGACAGCGAGAAUAGCGAAGCCAAUCGGCUUGUCCGACCCGAGCCGGUUCCAGUCCAGUCGGACUCUGGCCCGAAUCAGGGGCCGGAGAAAACCCAGUCAAGCACAUCGGUAGCGAGCACGGUGACCGCUGAGGUGGAAUCAGGCGAGGACCAGUAUCUCUCACAGGUCAAGCAGAUCUUCUCGAGGGCUGCAAACAUUGUUCGGGAGUCGAUCGAGGUUGAGGGAGUUCUCUUCCUCGAUGCUAGCAUUCGUUCCUUACCCGGUAUCGGCCUCGAGGCUCGGAGAGGUCGCUCAACCUCGGAUACCACAACUGGAGGUGCUGAGUCAUCGAGCAGUGAUGAUGAUGACAUCGCCGAACCAGCCGCGGACCCGGAAAUGUGUGAUGUUUUUGGCUUCUCAACCUCGGAUUCGUCCAGUAUUGACGAUGCAAAGCCGAGCGCUUACCAAAUCAACGUACCUGAAAGCCUGUUGCGCUCCCUACUUAAACGCUACUCAAAAGGCAAAGUAUUCAAUUUUCUAGACGAUGGGACACUUGACUCCGGCGAUGAGUUCGAGGAAGAACCGGUGUCUAGGAAGGUCAGGAGAGAGUUGACCAAGGACCUCAUUGCUGAGGAUACGGACUCAAAGGAAGCGCGACCCACGACCCGGCAGUCUUCCCACAGUCGGUCGUUCACCAGUAUCAGCGAAGGCAAAUCCCUCAUACAGAUCAUCCCAGGAGCUCGUAGCGUAGCUGUUGUGCCUUUGUGGGACGCCCAGAAGGAACGAUGGUUUGCAACCGGCCUUAUAUGGACGAAAACGCCGGGUCGAGCUUUCACAUUAUCUGGUGAAAUAAGCUAUCUCCGGGCAUUCGGCAUGGCCGUCAUGACUGAAAUCUCUCGUGCCAACACGUUAAUCUCGGACAAGUCCAAGACAGACGUCUUAUCCUCACUAAGCCAUGAGUUGAGGACCCCCUUACAUGGCAUCGCGGCCGCCGUCGAGAUGUUUCACGAUACUCGCCUUGACGCCUUCCAGGGUCAUUGUCUCCACACACUCGAGUCCUGUGGACGCACGUUGCUCGAUGUCAUUGACCACUUACUCGACUACACCAAGAUCAACUGUUACCGCAAUCUGACAAAGACACAGCGCCUAGAACAGAACCGUCCACGAUCUGUGACCGGUGCAUUGAUUCGGUUUUCCACUGUUGAUCUUGCUGCCCUUGCCGAGGAAAGCGUCGAGAGUAUGUACGCUGGCUUUCAUUCUGACAUUCACGGCAGACGAUACCAGAACUCGGCUGAGUCUAUGGAGCCUUUUGGCCAUGAAGGUGCUGCAGCCAGCAAAGUGUCGGUGUAUUUGGACAUCGAACCAAACGUAGACUGGCAUUGUCGCACUCAGCCGGGGGCAAUGCGGCGUAUCAUUAUGAACCUCUUUGGAAACUCACUGAAGUAUACUCAAGAGGGUUUCAUUUCCGUUACGCUCAAGCUGGAGCGUUCACCGUCCAAGUCUACGCCCCGUUCAAACUUUCUUCUUACUAUCAACGAUUCCGGAUGUGGGAUCGGAAGUGAGUUUUUGCGUACCAAAAUCUUUACCCCCUUCUGCCAGGAAGAUGGACUCACUCAAGGCACUGGUCUGGGACUGAGUGUAGUGUAUGAGAUCGUCCGCAUGUUCCAAGGUACCAUCAAAGUUGAGAGUCAGCUGGGUAUGGGCACCUGCGUGAUGGUCAACAUGCCUUUACGCCUCCAGAAGGAGAAGGAAAAAUCGGAUGUAGAAUUCCAGAAACACUUAUCCGACUUGUCAGGACUUCGAGUGUGCCUCGUUGGCCUGCAGGGUAACACCCUCCCUACCAACGAAUCCUCAGCAACACCAGGCUCCCCACCAACGUACGAAAGGGGAUUAACUGAAAAGAUCUGUCGAGGGUGGCUGAACCUGCAGGUGGUCGAUGCCAGCAAUGAGGAGGUUCGACCAGACCUGAUGAUUUGCAGCGAAACGGCGCUCGGUCAAGCUGCUGCCAAGGCAGAUGCUGAGAGUUUGCUUCUACCAGCCGUGGUCAUCUGUCACAGUGCCGCCUCGGCGUAUCGCUUUACGACCUUUUAUCACGCAGCUGGUGGAAGCCGCGUAGCUGAAUUCAUAUCACGACCGGUCGGUCCGAGGAAACUAGCCAAGGCGCUUAUGGCUGCAUUCGAUCGAUGGAAAGAUAAUGGCCAAUCUUCCACGGCGUCUUCAGUCUCCGAGGAGUUUGCCACUCCUUCAGCUACGGCGUCCGCUGUUAUAACUUCUUCCCCAGGGGGUGCAGCUGUCCGAGGAAGCGACUCAUCGGCGCCAACAUCACCACGCCAUGGUCAAAUUGAAGGAACCUCUUCUGUUUCUGGUGACUCAGCCACUGGAAAACCACGUGGCGAAGUGUUUUCGCUUGCUGAAAAUCCAGAGACCGCUCACAUGGAUGCAAAGUCCUCAUUUGAGGUCCAACUUCGUCCAUUGCAUGCUGAAAAACAUUUCCUUCUUGUCGACGACAACAAGGUCAAUCUCCAGAUUUUGACUGCCUAUAUGAAAAAGUUGAAACAUCCUUUCAAGACCGCGAUGAACGGUCUUGAGGCACUGGAAGUCUUUGAAGCGGAACCGCAGCUAUUUUCCUGUAUUCUGAUGGAUAUCUCUAUGCCCAUCAUGGAUGGUCUUGAAUCUACCCGUCGCAUUCGGGCUUUAGAGCGGAAGAAAUCAUUCGAGCCUAUUCCUAUCUUUGCACUAACUGGGCUUGCGUCUGCCGAUGUGCAGAAGGAGGCUUUCGCCAGCGGGAUCGACGUGUUUCUGACGAAGCCGCUGACUUUCAAAAACCUAACUAAUCACUUGGCUGAGAGGAGUUUGACGUGA